CUUCUUCAUCCCACCCAAAUCCUACCGUUUGUGUGUAUGAGAGAGACACAGAUAAAGGGAGAGUAGAGAAGAGAGAGAGGUCGAGGUCGUAUUGCAGAGACCCAGAAGAAGAAGAAGAUAAAGGAGUCGCCUUUUGCGGGAUUUUCAUCAGAGUUCCUUCGAAAUGGCUUCGAGACCCAUUGUUCCAACUCAAGCGAGGGGCGAGGCAGUUAUAGGAGGAGGAGGAGCAGUCAAGCCUCAGCAGCACAAGAAGAAUGGAGGGGGCCAUGCGAGGAACCGUAAAGCCCUGGGUGAUAUUGGAAACCUUGUCACUCUUCGAGGAGUUGACGGGAAACAGCCCCAGAUUACUCGACCCAUUACAAGGAGUUUCUGCGCACAACUCCUUGCAAAUGCGCAAGCAGCUGCAGCCGCCGAGAACAACAAGAAACAAGCCUGCGUGAAAGUGAAUGGAGCACCUGCUCUACUAGAAGGAAACAAGCCUGCUAAGAAAGCCGAACCCGCUAAGGCUGCUCAGAAGAAAGCCCCCGCUGCUAAGGCAAAGUCCAAGGAAGUGAUCGAGAUAAGCCCCGACCCAGACGAAGAGGCCCGUGCCAAGGCCAAGAACAUCAGCAAGCAAGAAGGAGUUGUGCAUAAGAGGAAGGAUGGAGAGGGAUCAUCUCGGAAGAAGAACAAGUCUCUAACUUCAGUUCUCACUGCUCGUAGCAAGGCGGCUUGUGGAAUUGCGAAGAAGCCUAAGGAACAGAUUGUGGAUAUUGAUGCGGCAGAUGCUGACAAUGAGCUAGCUGCUGUGGAGUACGUCGAGGACCUUUACCAGUUUUACAAGGAAGCCGAGAACGAGAACCGUCCGACUGACUACAUGCCCUCUCAGCCUGAUAUCACUGAGAAGAUGAGGACGAUUCUGGUGGAUUGGCUGGUAGAGAUUCACAACAAGUUUGAUCUCAUGCCUGAGACUCUCUACCUCACGAUCAACCUCAUAGACCGCUUCCUCUCUGUGAAAGCGGUCCCAAGAAGGGAGCUGCAGCUUCUCGGCAUGGGUGCCCUUCUUACUGCCUCCAAGUAUGAAGAGAUCUGGGCCCCUGAGGUUAAUGACUUGGUAUGCAUAGCGGAUAGAGCAUACUCUAAUGAGCAAGUUCUGGCCAUGGAGAAGACCAUUCUCGGAAAGCUCGAAUGGUACCUGACCGUUCCGACAAACUAUGUUUUCCUCGUGAGGUUCAUCAAAGCAGCUCUUGCUGAUAGGAAAUUGGAGAGCAUGGUCUAUUUCCUAUCAGAGCUCGGGUUGAUGAGCUACUCGACCCUCUCGUAUCCCCCAUCAAUGGUUGCUGCCUCGGCGGUGUACGCAGCUCGUUGCACCCUCAACAUCAGCCCUUUCUGGAGUGCGACACUGAAGGUUCACACCGGUUACACCGAGGCACAGAUCAUGGACUGUGCUAAACUACUGGUGGGCUUCCAUGCCAAUGUAAAGGACAGCAAAUUUCAGGUCGUGUACAGGAAGUACUCGAGCUCCCAGAGAGAAGCCGUUGCUCUGCUUUCUCCGGCGAAAGCUCUCCUCGACGAUGAUUCCGUGAAGACCUCUGCUUAGUCUUCAGUUUCAAGUUUGGGAUAUAUCGUUGUUUCUGUCACAGAAUUUGUGACCUGCUGACAGUUGUUUUCCUUCGGAUUCGUUAUUCUUUCUUUCGUGUAAAAGCAAGAAGAGAUGAUGUUCAUGGGAAAUUUGAAUGAAUGAAAGCUUUCAUUUCAUUAGCCAA